GGACGUGGGCGUCGUGGACCGAAAUCCUGGGAACGUACGCCCCCGAAGAGCUGAGGGCGGGGUUGGUCCGCGUGUCCGCCCUCGUGGAUCGUGCGGGGAGAAGGCGAUCAGACGGCCCGGUGCCGCAGCAGGCAUGCGCCGGCGAGACGACGGUCAUCGUCUGUCACGUGUUCAUCGCCAGGAACUGACGCGUGGAUCACGUCUUGUUGACCGGUUCGUGUUGCCAAACCAUCUGGACACAGCCUGCUUGGCUGUGAGAGUGGAGUGUGCGAUCGGCGUGGUUGGGACCUCUAGUGACUGAGCUGGCGGAUAUGGCGGGCAAAGUCGAUGCGGAGACUCCGCCAUCGGGCGAGAUGGAGUCGAAAUCUUCGGAGACGGAGAGGGGAGGAGGCGGACUCUUCGGGGCGUUGCAAUCCUGGGGUGGAAGCAUCUUUAAAUCCAUCAACAGUUUUAUGGGAUAUGAGGAUGUCGUCAAUCCUGAAGGUGGUCAAGAAGAUGCUCAAGAGGAAGCCAAGAAGUCACGAUUCAAGCCCGAGGAGAGGGAGCACUACUGGACUAUGAUGUCGAAAUACGUCGGUGCAGAUGUAACGUCUCUGGUGACGCUUCCAGUCGUGAUUGUCGAGCCAAUGACAACGCUGCAGAAAAUGGCGGAGAUUAUGGAGUACAGCGAGCUGCUAAAUCAAGCGAACAUGUGCGAGGAUCCGCAAUUAAGGCUUGUAUAUGCAGUGACUUGGGCAGUAUCUGUGUACUUCGCAUAUCAGAGAGCAUGGAAGCCCUUCAAUCCAAUUCUUGGAGAGACAUAUGAAAUGGAAGGUCACAAUGGUACCAGGUUCAUUGCAGAACAGGUGAGCCACCAUCCUCCAAUGGGAGCUGCUCAUGCAGAGAACGAACAUUUCAUUUAUGACAUCACAUCAAAGCUGAAGACGAAGUUUCUUGGAAACUCUCUGGAUGUCUACCCUGUUGGAAGAACCCGUGUUGUGCUGAAGAGAACUGGUGACGUUCUGGAUCUUGUACCACCCCCUACAAAAGUGCAUAAUUUGAUUUUUGGAAGAACAUGGAUAGACUCCUAUGGGGAUAUGGUCUUGACGAAUUUGACCACAGGUGACAAGGUGGUACUGUAUUUCCAACCGUGUGGGUGGUUCGGUGUGGGAAGGUACGAGGUUGAUGGCUACGUCUAUGAUGCAAAUGAGACCCCAAAGUACAUAGUCUCGGGGAAGUGGAACAGCAGCAUGGGCUACGUUAAAUGUGAUGCAGAUGGUGAGCCUCUGGAGGGCCAGGAGUUGGAGAAAAUUUGGGAGGUGGCACCGGCUCCCGAAAACGAUAAGUACAGCUACACGUACUUCGCACACAAGAUCAACAACUUCGAUUCCAGCCCGAAACACAUGCUGCCUUCCGAUUCUAGAGUUAGGCCAGACCGAUUGGCUCUUGAGAAGGGGGAUUCGAGCACAGCAGCUGCAGAGAAGCACCGACUCGAAGAGCGACAACGCUGGGAGAAGGCCCAAAGGGAACAAAGAGGAGAGCCGUGGGCUCCCCGAUGGUUCAGGCCGACAGGCGAGAUCGCAUGUGAUGGGGACCUGCCAAUAUAUGAGUUUACUGAUUCAUACAAUGAGCACCACGCUGAUCAAGCCAACGGUACCUCAGAUAAUCGGACAAAAGAUUUCUGCCCGUGGCAGUUUCCAGGGGAAUAUGUAGUAUGAUCUAUCUUUUCCUUGGUGGUUGGGACGUUGUCUCCUGCGGUGGUAGGACUGACCCCUUUUCCAAGUGCCUUUUUUUUCAUGCAGAUGGUGGGCCAUGACCAGGAGUACUGCCGCGCUGUCUGCUUUAUUCUCGCGCAUGGAUGGACAGUAGUGAAAAUCGUACUUCUGUCUCUUCGUUUUCUCUCCCCUAAAAGUGGUUGAAAGGCCAUUACGAAUGUCUGGAUGUGUAGAGGGGGGGGGGGGGGGGGGGGGGGGAGAGGGAGGGGGGGGGGGAGCCUCUAAUCUUCCAUGGCACAGAUAGUCACGAUUCUUUCAUGAUGAAAUCUUUUUUCUUGUCACCUUUUGUCAAUCAGUGUGGCAGCAUUGUGCCAAUCUGGCUGGAUCGAGCUCCCGUUUGCGAACGUGUGGCUCUGUGUGGACUAUCUGUGUUGCUCCCGACCGCCCUGUCUUCCUCGCGAGAGGUGAGAAUGAAUCACUGCACUAGCUGUUGCCUUGUUUGUGCCCGAGGAGUAAAACUUGGGGCGCCAGAUGUGGAUAUGUCUUUUCUUCAUUCUGAGAAUCCCAACCGUCGUCUGUCAGGAGAUCUGCUUCAGCUGUCUGUCUUUGGAUGCAUAUGUCCCUUGCCUCCUCCCUGAGAUCAGACAACUCUCCUGCCGCAUGUGCCACACCUUUCCUCUGUGUGCAUCUGAUUGCAACUGUACUCGAGGCAGGCCGCUGGCUGUGAGAGCAGCGCGAAUAUGCAAGCAAUGUGGAUAUCAGUGUCUUCUCCACAGCUGGAGACUUUACUGGAGGCUAACCUGGCAUGCGGGCAGGAGUGGCGGUAAGAACAAAAAGCAUACAACCUGGGUGAGAAUCUCUGUCGGAGAUUGGACCACAACGCUGAAUGAUUGUUACGGGUUGGAAGUGUCUGAUUGCCAGUUUGUAUUCUUCAUAAGCAUAGGCGUCUGGCCCCAGGCUCCAUCUUCUAAGUGCAUGGAGUGGAGGAUGUUGACCACCAGUCGGUCAGCACGUCGUUGGAUGGUCCCCAACUCGGCCAUCAGCUGUUGGAAGGUGUAUGCUGGCCGGCAUAAGAUCAGUAGAAGCUCUCCCUAGACAAGGCUGUGUGUACAAGGCUGUAAGGUGUGCUGUAUUAAAUGCCCUUGCUGGAGGACAGAGCACAUAAAGGGCAGGUGGUCCGAAAACAGGUAACGAUUACCACCCGUGUCAGUGGAUGGGCACUUCCAUGAAUGGCAGUGUUUCGUUUUUGGAAUGGGUCCGCUAUCCCUUUCUAUCUGAUGUUGCAGAGGUGCUGUUUUUUUUUGUGUUUAGAGGCAUGGCUCCCUUUGCUGCGGCAAUUGCCGAAUAUCUGGAUGCUCAUGCCUGGACUGUCAGCGCAGUCUGCCGGGCUGAAUAUGGAAUGGCAUCCAGUCGUUGCGUUGCGCCUGGAAAAUCGGAGCAAGGAAGGGGUGGUCUACAGAAUAUGGAAUGGCAUCCAGUCGUUGCGUUGCGCCAAGGUGAUCGUGGCAUUGGUGCGCUAGCAGAAGUCUAAAGUGCGCAGUACUGCAAGGGCAAAUCGGACCAAGAAACGGGUGGUCUACUGAGUAUGGAAUGGCAUCCGGUCGUUUUGUGCCAAGGUGAUCGUGGCAUUGGUGCGCUAGCAGAAUUAUGAAGUGCGCAGUACUGCAAGGUAGAGAUACUCCUGCAGGUCUUGUACCUCUAGGCUGUCCAGGUGAGUGUGCUGACACACAUCCACUCUCAUCUCCCAGUGAAUCCCACUUUUCGUGUCAGGUGGAAAGAGUUAUUUUGUGCGCUAUGAUGCAUAUGACAGCAGUACUCCAAUUUGGCGUUCGUACAGGUUACAUUACCAGAAGUGUGGUUGUCGAACACUUGAGGAGUAUGUUCGGCUUCUCUAUUGGACAUUUUGGGUAGACAGGUACGUACGGGUCUUUCCCCCAUGGUUUUGGGGUCCGAUAAAGGAUGAUCUCAUCG